UUCUCCUCCAUCAACCCCAUCUUUUCUGCCCAUCCCAACUCCUCUCGAGCUCAAGCUUCUCCCCCAGUUCCCCACCAACACUCUAGCUCCCUCCUUCUUUCUUGCAACCAAAGGUGAUGAGGAUACUCGGUUGGAUGCACCGCAAGCUUCGACUAAACAAUGGAAAAAAUUGUCAAGAGGAAUGUAAGGCGCCGUUCUCCAGGUCAGGGAGCAACCCAAGUGAUCACUAUGCCCUCUACACUAAGCCUUUCGGCGUGAAAAGUCAGGGGCAGGAGGAAGACGACACCUUGUCCGACCUCUUCACCCACUGGCACCAGGGCCUCCUGGCCAUUGGCACCCUGGGCGCUGACCCUGUGGAGCGUCCUCUCCCAGCCUCGGAGGAGGAAGAGGAUGAGGAGGGCGACGACGCCAUAAAAGAUGCCAUUGGCCUCCUCGAGAAGAUCGCCGCUGCCGAGGGCAGCCACAAAGACGAAGUACUGCCAAACGACUGUCACGGCAACGCAGGUGCUCAGGAUCCGCAGACGGCCACUGAAGGGGUCAACCCUCAAGCUCAAGCCCCGCCACACAUUCAGGACCCACGGGUUGGUGGAUUUGGAUCGGGAAUGGAGAAGGCCCUGAAUCUGAUAGAAAAGGAGGACCGGGUCUCCCUUCGUGAUCUGUUCUCAAAGAACUUGAAGGCUUCGGACGAGAAUGGCCGGCCGGAGAACAAGGCCGGAAAGAUGGAUGGAGCCAAGGCCGUCCAACUUAUCAUCAAGAAAAUUCUGAAGCGACGGAGUACUGGAUCCUCGAAGGCUUCUGGUUCCAAAGAUCAGGUUGCUGCUGAGAACAAGAUUAAUAAGCUAUUUCACAUGUUCAACCGUAAAGUUCAUCCAUCUGACUAUUGCACCGCCACUGCGACCGCCGUCACAGCAGAUGCUGCCGCUGCCUCUGCCACCAAGAAAGGUACCAACCCAUACAUCAUGAAGUGUGCAAAGGACAAUAAUUUGGUGGGUGGGAAAGAGAGACUGAUGCAUGCUGAUCCCACCAUUGCCAAAGAGAAAGGAUGGCCAUGCAAGGGCCAGUCUAGUCCUCCUCAUGACUUUCCUAUAUGUGGCAGUGAUUCUAAUGGCAACAGAGAGCAUUGGAUAAAGACGGAUGCAGAUUUUCUCGUGUUGGAGCUGUAGAAGGAGGACAUAGCUGUGACUUUUGCCGAGAUCAGAGGACUAAUUAGUGAAUGAAUGAUUUGUAAUCCAUGUCUAUGUGUGCUUGUAUUAAGAGUGUAGAGACUUGUCAAGUGGACAUAAAUAAUGUUAUAUAUGCCACUUUAGAAUGAUGUGAAA